ACAAGCAGUACGGGAACAACACCUCAAGCACUGUGUGCAGAAUGGACCUGCAGGAGUACUUCCAGAGGAUCGGCUUCAGCGGUCCGUUUGAGAAGCCGGACCUGGCCUCUCUGCAGCUGGUGCACCGCCUGCACGUGCUGAGCAUCCCCUUUGAGAACCUGAGCCUCCACAGUGGCCAGCAGAACAGCAUGGAGCUGCCACUGGUCUUCAACAAGCUGGUGCAUCAGCGGCGUGGGGGCUGGUGCUGCGAGAGCAACCUGCUCUUCUCCUGGGUGCUGGGGCAGCUAGGAUACGCACACACCGCGCUGGGCGCCCGUGUUUACCACCCACAGCAGCAGGACUUCAGUGCCCGCGAGGGACACCUCAUCAACAGGGUGGACGUGGCCGGACGCUCCUACCUUGCUGACGUCAGCUUCGGUCUGGCAGACCAGAUCUGGGAGCCCCUGGAGCUGGUGUCAGGGAAGGACCAGCCCCAGCCGGCCGGAACGUUCCGCCUGAAGGAGGACGGUGGCACGUGGGUUCUGGAGAAAACGUCUCGCACGCCACUGAUCCCCAACGAGGCCUUCGCCAAGUCCAGCCUCCUGGACCGCAGUCUGACCAGCCCUGUGUUCUGCUUCACCCUGGAGCCCCGACAGCCGGGGGACUUUCAUGCCGCCGCCCACUUCCUCCAGACUGCCUCCGACUCGCUCUAUACCAACAAAUCAAUCUGCUCUCUGCCCACGGCCACGGGAUACAGAGCUCUGAUUGGUUGGAUUUACUGUGAGGUCACGUUUUGCUACCAGGAAGAGUUUGACCUGAUGGAGAUGCGUAAGAUCACAGAUGCUGAGGUCCAGGACAUCCUGAGGGAGAAGUUUGGCAUGCCACCAAUCCACAAUCUUAAACUGAAGAACAAUAAAAUAAAUUACACCAUGUAACUAUUCUUCCCUUGGGCCAAAAAAAAAAGAGAUACUUUUUUUACUUUUACUGUUUUGUCCCUGUCAGUUUGAGUAGUCUAUGCAAACGUUUCUAGCGGCUCUCUGAAGUAUGUGGAUCACUUUUUUAUUCAUAUGCCAUUUGAUGAAGAUUGGCCUCAUGGUAUAUGUGGUAUUUUUCUAAAUGCAGCAUGGUGUGUGCUGACCAAAUAAAUAAAAAGGUCCUGUAGAAAGGCAGUGUUAGCCUGUU